AUUCCAAAAUUGUUUUCGCCUUUGCAACAUACAAAUCGUGAGACCGUAUGGUGCGAUCAAAACAACGCCAUAUUGUGAAUUCACAGUACGCGAUCACAACGAUCAGUGAUUAUGAUUACUGAAUAAGAGCUACAACUGAACACUUUUUUAUUUAUUGAAUAAACCAAGUAGAGUAUAGACGAAUGGUUGCAUGUUGUAGAUGCGAAAAUAAUGUAGUGCGAAUGUAACCCAUUGUACCUUUUUUUUUCCUUUUUCUUUUUUUUUCCAAGCAAUUACAUUUCCCUAGCAGAAUGGUGUAAAUGUAAACCCGACGACUUUCAAUCAAAAUACAAAAGAUUCACUGAAGGUGAUAAUCCUUCGUGUUCGCUGUGUCCACCCUUGACAAAGUUAUCAUUUUGCUAUCUUCUGUUGAGGCAGUUGGACGCAAGGUAUGCUCUGUUCAGUGUUCGGGAUUAUGUUUGUUUCUAAGCAUGUUGUAUUUAUUUGUUUUUUGUCUAAUCUCAUGUAAACUGUAAGCUUGUGCCGGCGUACAUUACCGCGUACGUAUUAUAUUGUUUUUUGCGCGAUGGAAUGUGUAUGGUUUCGACAUACAACAGAACGAUGUCAAAACACAAUCAGAAGCCCUAAAAUAAUCUAUAAAUCAGAUUUGAGACGUUACGUAACCUUGAUAUGUUAACACCACGAAAUCGAUAAUUUUAACGUGCGGUGGUUGAAAUUGGCAGAAGGAUUCACCGAACGUCAUAUUGGUAUGGAAACGUGAGAAAGAAAAUGUGCUUUUGAGAGCAAUUAGGGUAUAGCCAUGGACAAAACGGAUCAGAAAAAGAACUCUAAACGUCAUGGCACCAGCGAGUCUCAUGCGACGCGCCAUAUCGCCAACUCUAGUUCGGGAGUUUUAAUGGUGGGUCCAAAUUUCCGAGUUGGAAAGAAAAUAGGCUGUGGAAAUUUCGGCGAAUUACGCCUAGGAAAAAAUCUUUAUAAUAAUGAGCAUGUGGCGAUUAAAAUGGAGCCCAUGAAAUCGAAAGCUCCACAGUUACAUUUGGAGUAUAGAUUUUACAAGUUUUUGGGUAGCCAUGAAGGAAUUCCAGACGUUUAUUAUUUUGGUCCUUGCGGGAAAUAUAACGCUCUGGUGAUGGAGUUGCUCGGCCCUAGUUUAGAGGAUCUUUUCGACAUGUGCGACCGAAAAUUUUCUUUAAAGACUGUUUUAAAAAUAGCGAUACAACUACUGCACAGAAUUGAGUAUGUACAUAGUCGACACCUUAUUUAUCGGGAUGUUAAACCUGAAAACUUUCUCAUUGGCCGAAGUAGUACAAAACGCGAAAAAAUUAUUCAUAUUAUAGAUUUUGGUUUAGCUAAAGAAUACGUGGAAAUGGAAACCAAUAAACAUAUUCCAUAUAGAGAACACAAAUCUUUGACCGGAACGGCACGGUAUAUGUCGAUAAAUACGCAUCUUGGCAAGGAGCAAUCUCGCCGUGACGAUUUAGAGGCUUUAGGCCAUAUGUUUAUGUAUUUCUUGAGAGGAUCUCUUCCAUGGCAAGGACUCAAAGCGGACACGCUGAAGGAGCGAUAUCAAAAAAUAGGUGAUACGAAAAGAGCUACACCUAUAGAAGUACUAUGCGAAGGUCACCCGGAAGAAAUGGCAACUUACCUUAGAUACGUACGACGUUUAGAUUUUUUCGAAACGCCCGAUUACGAGUAUUUACGAAGUCUCUUUCAAAAUUUGUACAACCGUAAGGGCUACCCGGACGAUAACGAAUUCGACUGGUCGGGAAAAACCAUGAGUACUCCUGUUGGUUCUCUACAGACUACAGCGCAUGAAGUAGUUGUAUCACCAAACCGAGAGAGGCAUUUAACUAAGACGACUAGUAAAGCAAAUGCAUGGCCUGAAGCUUCGAAGCAGAGUACGUUGGGCAACUUGACGCCAGCUGACCGUCACGGUUCUGUACAGGUUGUAAGUUCUACGAAUGGCGAACUGAACGCCGACGACCCCACGGCCGGACACAGCAACACUCCGAUCACUCAGCCUCAGGAAAUAGAGCUUCUCGACGAAACUAAAAAAAGAAUAUGUGUGUGGUUGUCUUUUAGGUGCUGCUGUUUCUUUAAACGAAAGAAGAAGAAAGGUGUGCGCACUAAAUGACUACAAUAUAGCGAGACAGACCAACAUCUCACACUAUUGCCGUGUGGACAUAGUAGUGCUGCAACACUUAAUUGACUAUGUUAAAAUGAAGACUUUUGUCAACUUGUUACGUUGUACUAUUUAAAUAGCUAAUUUAGGUUAGCCUUAAUUUAAUAUAAGUUAGUUUAAGUCAUACCAUAUCUGUGAACGUCUACGGAAGCCUUACUCGUCCUCGGUUCUGUACUUUUUCAUUUAUAUUUUUAAUCUUAACUAGUUUGUCGCUAUUUAUUAUUUACCAAAUACUACGUUGUAUGAUUAUUUGACUUAGUGUAGUGUGUGUUCUAGUAAACAUUUAACAUAUUAUUUUUAUCUAUGAAUGAGAAUAUGUUGAUUUUUGCGAGUAAGGCCGAGUUUUAGUAUGUUUGAUAAGGGAUGAUUCUUACUGAACAAUGUAAAUUGAAUAUUGAGGUGUAAAUAAUCUAACAGCCUUCACCGCAUUUACAAUUGUUUGGAACACGCGUCAUUCUUAACGCCAAAUUUAUUAUUACUAUUUUUUAAAGCUUGCUGUUUCAGUUUGUAUAUAGAAUGUUCGCAUGUUGAACGUUAAAAUAUUUAAUUCGCAGCCUUUUUUCCUUUUUUUAUAUAUACAUAUAUAUUAGCACGUUCAAUAUGGGGACCUGAGGAAUUUUAACGUAAAGUUGUGAUUUAAUCGUUGUAUAAAUUUGCUUUGUUGUUGAUCUCAAGUAAAAAUUGAUCGACUGCUUAACUCUUCUUUCAACCAAGAGCAGCCUGCAAGUUUGCUAUAUGAAUUCAAAAACUUGUGGUACUGCUUCAUACCAACAUUUGAUUUUAAUUUCUUUUGUGGCUCGUAUAAAUAUAGAAUGUUAGAACACA